AUGCCAAAAGUAAAUAUUUAUGGACGAUUACAACUCGGCUUAGAAAUUUUUGGAUCGACAUAUUCCAAACAGCAUAUAAAAUCAGCCAACAUUUUAGCCCAAUUUGUUCAUGGAAAUACUAAAGAUAUUUAUUCCGAUAUUGUUCAAUUUUAUUUUAAGCAUACAGUACAUUUCUGUGAUGUAUCUAAAAAACAUUCUUUAGCAUUU